ACAAUUUUCCUGAAGCGGUUCAUAGGGGGCGCCAUUAUCAACAGUUAUGGGCGAAACUUCCGUCGCAACCGGAAGUAGCGGUUGUUUAGCUGGGGAGAUUCGAGUUGGUCGGCGGGAGCUACGGGCUAAAGUUAGCGGUCGAUUGUUAGAAAGUGAGAAAUAACGAAAUGUCCCGGAGUUCAGGAACAUCGUGUGCUGUGCGUGGUUGUACAUACAACCAGCGGAAACUAAACGAGUGGCUUAAUUCAGAGUGCCUUGAACCAGAUCAUGAGCGGAAGAGAAAAGCUGACUGCCCGUGUCCGCAGAUCUACAGUUUCUAUCCACUCCCAAAAGAUGAGGAAGCGAAAAUUAAUUGGCUCAAAAAUCUCAACCUAAAAAAGCCUCCAAAGACCUUGUAUGUCUGUUCUUUUCAUUUUGUCAACAAAAAGCCAUCGGAUGACUACCCUUAUCCGACGCUUUUUCUCGGCUAUGACAGACCACCGGCAAAGAGAAGACGCCGCUUAAUCAGGAACGUUCAACAAACUGCCACAGAUGAAUCUGAUGUGGUCGAGGCUGAAGAGCCAGGUCUGAUGCCGCCAGUCGGACGGAGACGUCGCCUCAGUGUGGGGGUUGACAAAAUUGUCACAAGAUCAGAUGAGAUGGGUGUGGAGGAUGUUGAAGAGUCAGGUCCUCCUCCAAAGACUGUUCAUGAUGCCCAGACGCAGUGGGCAGACCCUGCUAUGGAUGACCAUCUCUACUCCAGAGGACCCAUUGUCAGUGGCGAGACAGCUGUUCCAACCCCAGGGGGGUCACUCUCAGUAACAGAUGUUACACUAAAAAAUGAUGCAGAUAGUUUGCUGUACACAGGAAUUCGACUACUUGAAUUUAUUACUCUUGUGUCUUGUUUACAAAGUUUUGCCCCCACAUCAUCAAAAAUGCCUGUGGCUGACCAAAUUCUGUUGACACUAAUGAAACUUAAACUGAACUUAGUUAACUGUGAUUUAGCGAGACGCUUUAAAGUAUCUGUCAGUCAGGUCAGCAAAACUUUGAAAUUCUGGGUUGAUGUCAUUGCUGAAAACACUGACAUUCUCAUUCCAUGGCUGCCCCGUGAUAUUAUAAAAGCUACUAUGCCACAGGCUUUUAAGAAGCAUUUCCCUAACACUACUUGCAUUAUUGACUGUUCAGAGAGUAUUUUGCAGAAAGCUAAAAAUAAGGAUGCAAGGACCGAAUCAUAUAGUCAUUAUUAUGCCAGUAAUACUGUAAAAUAUCUUGUGGCGGUUGCUCCAUCAGGAUUGAUUAUGUUCAUCUCUGAAGCUUACGGUGGGAAGUGUAGCGAUAGGUUUAUUACACAGAACUCAGGUUUUCUUCAGUUUUUGCGUCCUGGAGAUCAGGUCAUGGCAGACCGUGGCUUCACAAUUAACCCUGUGAUGACCUGUACUGUACACUGGACUAACCUUCCACAUGAUGGCAGCAGCGUGGCUGCAGGAGCGCCCAGCACCUGCAAUGCAGCUGUGGACCAGGUCUCAGAUUCGGAGGUGGUGAUUCUCAUCCCGCUUCACACUCGGCUGCGAAUUGCUUCGGGACUGGACAGCUUGUACAAGGUCUGGUACUCUAUACUCCUGGAGUACCCCCCACAGGAGUCCCCAGGGGACACUGUUAAACACCUUAUCCAAGUUCACAAAGCACAUGUAGACUGGUUGAACAAACUCCCAUGUCACCCUUUCAAGCUGAGCCCAACCAGGCCCCAUGGGCAAAGGCCCAGCCGCCAGGUGCUCACCUAUGUGCCCCACCUCCAGGCCUGGUUCCAGAGGGGGCCCCAGUGA